AUGACAGAAUUGAUCAAUCAUCCCAUUACAGGAAAAUAUAAGAAGCUAUCAUCAGGUGGAAAGGGUAAAGGCAAGUUAAAAUUAAUGUUCUCAACGCAAAGAGUUCAAGACGAUACACUUGAUUUAGAUACUGUUAAAACUAAACUAGACGAAGGAAAAUACGAAACUUUAGAAAUGUGGAAAGCAGAUAUUGAUAAAGUUUUUAAUACUUCUCUUCCAUCACAUCUUGACGAUAAACCUAACAUGAGAGAAUUCAGAAAAGGCGCUGUUCAAUAUAUUUUAGAAGAAAAACUACGAAAUCUAGAAACUGCAGAUAUGAACUCUUGGGCAGAAAAGAUUAUUAAAAUACGCCGCAAAAUGCAAUCAUUAGCAGAAGACCCUCCCGUAUAUGUUCAAAAAUGUAUUCCAUCACUCUGUAACAUUAAAUCUUUCAAUGAAAUGAACGUAUUAACUCAACACGAAAUUGAUUGUUUCAUACAAGCUUCUGAAAAGCUUUACUCUGAGCAGCAUCAUAGGAAUAUGCUCAAUAUUAUUCACGAUGAAGAACCUAAUUUAGAAAUUAAGCAAGACAAUGUUAUUUUAGACAUUAAUCGUUUGCGUUUGACAACCAUUUAUAAGUUAAUUGAAUAUAUGAAAGACGCUUUAGAGAAGCAAGGAGAUCAUUAUCCUGAAUAA